GGAAACAAAUUGGGGGGCCGUCCCCUGUCAACGGAGGGAAGGGCGGAGGGAUCUACCGUGCGGUUCGUAGGCGUGACGCAGUUGGUUGCUAGGUGUGAAUGAACGGACGCUCUCCUCCCCAAUGAAGCCUCACACGCCGGGUCGAGCACAACAACAGUACAACAACAGCAGCAGCAGCAGCAGCCGAGUCCUCCACCCGUCGCGCCGUCCCGGAUACCCCGAGCGAAACAUGGCUCUCUAACUCGUGAAGAAGUCUGAACCUGAAAAGAAGUCGUGCUUUGCUUUUGGCAACGCACCCGCCGUUCUCUACAGUUUCCGCCAGAAUGGAGUUUCACUAUGCUCACCCAGCCCUGCUCUCUGUGGCUCACCUGUCAGACCUUGCUUGUCCAUUGCAUAUGCCUGAAUUUGGAUUGACCGAAAAGACCAAUAGACGAGAUGAUUGCAGCAUCAGCUCCAGUUUGGAAGACUGUUUGUGUCUUCCCGGCAGACCCCAUUGCUCUCUCUCACCCACAGGCUAACCACAGCCAAUCACAGGGCUGCAGGGGGGAGGUGUCAGAGGAGAGUCAGCACUUAAUUGGUGAUGGUCUCACUGACUGGAUGACGGAAGAAGUGGAUUUCUCCUCAUACCUCCCAGACCCUCCUUCCCCUCCCUCCCCAACCAACGCUUCCCUUCCCCCCUCACCCCUUCAGAAUGAUAUCCAGGUGCCCUCCGACUUGGAGGUAAUGACCUCUCUACUGCAAGAGGAGCUCGCUCAGCUGGAAGACUACUUCUUGUCUGAACCAGCACCAGGGCCAAAGUUGGGAAAAUGCGACAAGGGUCCACCUCCAGCAGGUCCUCAGUCGUUCUGUCAGGUGCCCUAUGCGUCAUACUCCACUUCCAGCCAGUCAGAAUCCAGCCCACUUCUUGUUACCCUGGCAACUGGGGAACUGGACCUGCUGAGUAUUUGUGGUGGGCCCAUUGGCCGCUCCAAAAUUUCUAGACACGCCCCAUACAGUUGCAGCCGCCCCAGUGGAUGUAGUCGGAAAAGAGUUUGUGAUAGUGUGAGUUAUGGUGAAAGCUAUGAGAAUAGUUUAUGGAGCUCCAAAGGAACUAACUCAGGUAACUCCACGGUGACCCUUACUGGGAAUUCUAGCUGUGUAGAAGAUGAGCAAGUGGCAGGGAAAGCCUAUCCUAUGGGCAGUGCAGUCGAGAUUAGAAGAUGCGCCAUUCUGUCCAAAGAAGAGAAAAAUUGUUGUUUCAGUCAUGAUAUCAUAGGUGGUGGAAAGGUUGUUGGCAGUGGAUUUGGUUAUGGAGUGCCAUUAGAUGUCACACCUAAGAGAGAUGAUGUGUUGAUGUGUGGCAUGAGGGAGAUCAGUGGAGGCACUGGUAACAGUGAAUUACUGAGCAAUAUUAAAGAUACAGGGGAGGUAACAAAAGCCACCAUUCCUUGGAAAACUGAGAGCAAUGGUGGUUCCUUCCUUCAAACACCAUCACAGUCUGAGGCCUAUCAGGGCUUCCUUGGGAAUGUCAAUGAGCAGGUCAAAACACAGAGUUUACAGAUAGCGCAACACGAUUUACAUUGUAGUUUCCUCAAAGAUCAGGGCCCAGAAUGUCUUUUGGUGGCUAGGGAGAGUCUUGACUUGGAGUCGUCAGGCCACAGACAAGCAUGUAGGUUAAAGGAAGAUGACUGUCAAAUGAAAUAUGAACUGGACAUCACUCCAGCAGAGGGUGGGGAGCGCAAACAGAAGAAGAGAGAUCAGAACAAAACCGCGGCUCACAGGUAUCGUCAACGGAAAAGGGCAGAGCUCGAUUCCCUGGAGGAAGAACUCCAUUGUCUUGAAGGGCGGAACAGGGAGCUCCGUGACAAGGCGGAGUCCGUAGAACGGGAGAUCCAGUACGUCAAAGACCUGCUGAUUGAAGUAUACAAGGCCCGUAGCCAAAGGCUAAAGCAGGACAACACUGCAUAACACCGAGCCUCUGCAAGUACAUUUAAAGAGGAAAUGAGAUGGAAAUUAAUUUUUUUGUUUGUUUUUAUAUACAGCAUUUUUAUUGGGCAAGACUGAAUGUUUUUUUUUCUUAUGGUGGGUGAGGUAAUUGCAUGUUUUGCCAAUGUGUUUUAUUAUAUAUAUGUUAAAUUAAUCUAUCCAAUGCUUCCAGAAUUCAAAUCUAACUGGAAAAGCCUUCACUGUGACACUGCAAUGUUUUAAAUGACAAUCAUUUUUGAAUUUAACUCAAUAAUUGAAGCUACUGACUAAAACAGGCUUGGUUUUUAAAUAACUGUUAAAAAUUAAUCAUGCAGGUUUAGAUUUUUAAACCGCCUUACAUUCCAGGUGAUAUUUAAAACCAAACUUAAAAAAAAUGAUUCUAUUUUAAAAUUCAAUUUGUAAAUACCACCCUUUUCAAAAUGGUUCUUGUAAUCAAAUAUGUUAUGACGAUAAGUUAGUUUGAAUUUUCUUGAGAAACAUAUUUUUCUAUAAUUAUGCUUUCGGUACCUUGAGGAGCAAAUGACUAUUCACUUUUCACCGAUGUUGUCAAAAUGUCGAAUUUACCUUCGAGCAUUUUGUAGCGGUGAAGAGGGAAGAACGUAGCUAGAAAAAAUACCUUCGGCAUAAAUCUCCGCCACAUGUCAACGUCAGAUUAUUGUUGUUAUUCCCAAAUUUUGGUUUCAUCUUGGGAUUCACUCAUGUUCCGUGAAAAAGUAGGCGGCUUAAAAUUCCGACUAGAUGUGCGUACUUUGAGAGUGUAAUUCAUUUGAUAACUUCCAACAUUUUCGCUCUUUACCCGCGUUAUUAGAAAUGCACUCUUCCUUGGUCUGCUGGAGAAAAUCACAACUGUCUCGUGUCUGCUAUUAACAUCCAACGGUCUUCAUUUUGUCUUGUUAAAAUUUCUUAAUCGUAUUUGCUCUGAUAACGGGCCACAUUCUCAGACGGUGAUUUUGAAAAUCAGUAUAUAUUACACGAACUGCUCUCGGCAACUAAAGGAGCAGGGGAUCAAAUUGUGAGUCUUACUGCCGCAAAAUGGGAAAACUACUUGACGGUCCAACACCUUCCUCGGUUGCAAAUUGUAACUAAAGUAAAAAAAAAAAAAAAGUAAAAAAAAAAGUAACUAAAGGAGCAGGGGAUCAAGUCUUACCGCCUCAAAAUGUGAAAACUUCUCGACAGUCCAACGCGUCCCUCGGUUGCAAACUGCAGUGGGUUUAGUCUGCUCUGCAGCUCAGGGAAUUUACCCCGCAACCCUGUAAACUGCAGCUGCCUCACACAGGAGACGAGACUCGUCACGCUCGCUUAAUACCCGACUGCUAUCGAAAGACUGUUUUUAUGUACAGACACUGAGACAGGUCGCCACCCUUGCAUGUCUCUCAGUGACUCGUCUCUUCCUCUACUUCCCUCUCUGGGGUAGAAAAUGUAGGGUUUCAAAUGCCGGCGGCGGCGGUGGCGGUGGGGUGUCCUCUCUGUAAUCGCUUUGUUCAGACAACAUUUUUAUAAGGCUGGUCUGCACUGAUUUGUAACAACUUUUGUAUCGCCGGGGGGUGGGGUGGGGUGGGGGGGGGGGUGGACGUUGCUUUGUAGAAAAUUAACGUUUUUAAUAUCAAAGUUUUUCAUUGGAUAUUUUUGUGAUAGCUUUGAAUGUUCGUAGCUUUGAUGUGUGGGGGCGUCGUGUGAAUCCAGGGACACGUUUGCCACUCUAAAUCGGCCACCGCUCCUUAAUUUAACGCACAGAUGUUGCGGCGGGGCCGUCACGACCACGUCACGCACCAGCCAGCCGACUGUGUCGUGUUUAUUACGGUAACGCAAUAUACCACUGCUUUGACCUUUGCAAUGUAAAACCACCCCGAAUGUCAGAUCAUCAGAAGCUCCACGCCAGCUCUCCACACACACACACACACACACAGUGGA